UCCCGCAUUCGCUGCGCGCUCACGGUCCUGAUACUUGCGACAGAGUGCUGGGGCUCUAGAACCAAGAAACUGCGACUUGAGGGAAAAUAAUCUUGGAGGCAUCUGAUGUGCUGUUAAGUUGUCCUUUCUGAAGCAGAAUCGGAGAGUUAUGUUUUCUGCUGCAGUUUGGGAAACAAACUUAAGCUGAGGAAGAGAAAGCAGAAGGUUGUGUUUAUGUAUGAGUGAGACUGAGAUUGUCAAGAUGAACACGAUCGAUGAAGAGGGCGGUUUACGAACCCGCCCCCCAUCCAGUCUAAAUGUGAAGAAGUUCUACAGCGAAAACGCAGAAGAGGUCCAGUCCCCGGAGUCUUUGAGGGGCUGCGCUUUGUCACCCGACCUGAGGCAGGACUUCAACAUGAUGGAGCAGAGAAAGAGAGUCACACAGAUUCUGCAGAGUCCAGAUUUUAAAGAGGAGCUGGAGUGUAUGGUAAAGGAGCAGAGCUCUAAAGGCAGCAACUCCAGUGGUUUACUCGGUCACAUCGCCCACAUCAUCAGCAACACACUCAGCAACACUGGAGUGCACAGUCCCAGCAGUACAGGGUCAAUUAGUCCGGUGAAUGAUCUGUGUGGCAUGGAGUGGUUUAACUGUUCCAAAGCUGAAAGGCAAGGCCGCUGUAAACUGGCCUGCUUAUACCGUCUGCUGGACCUCUACGGACACACACACCUCCCAAAUACAUAUAUAACCCUUCGCAUCAACAAAGAACAGGAUCAUAUUCUUAUUCUCCCCAAAGGAUUGUCAUUCUCUGAGGCCACAGCAGCCAGUCUGGUGAAGGUGAAUCUGAUUGGUGAGGUGGUUGAUCAAGGGGUGACUGCACUACCUGUGGAUGUUUUAGGAUUUAAACCGCAUUCUGCCAUAUAUUCUGCCAGACCGGAUGUUAAAUGUGUUAUACAUACAUACACGCCAAAUACAGCAGCAGUCUCUUCUAUGAAAUGUGGAAUCUUACCCAUUACCCAUGAGGCUUUGCUGCUGGGGGAAGUGUCUUAUUUUAGCUACCAUGGUGAUUUAGCUGACGAGCAGGAGAAGAUGGAGCUUCAGAAAGCUUUGGGUCCCACUGCCAAGGUUUUAGUCCUGAGGAAUCAAGGUUUACUGGCGUUUGGAGAGACGAUAGAGGAAGCUUUUCACUAUCUCUAUCACUGCCACCAAGCCUGUGAGAUACAGGUUAGCGCUCUGCUAUCUGCAGGUGGCGUCAACAACCUGUGUGUGUUAGACAGAGCGAGUCUAAAAACAGCUCCAGCGAAAAAUCCCGGUGGACAAAUGCCAGACGGACAGAUCAGAUGGAGGGUUGGAGAGGCAGAAUUUGAGUCGCUUAUGAGGAUGUUAGAUAACUUAGGUUACAGAACAGGUUACACUUACCGCCAUCCCAUAGUUAAAGAGAAGCCUCGACACCAUAAUGACGUGGAGAUCCCAGCAACCGUCACUGGGAUGGCACUAGAGGAAAAAGACGUCUUUCCACAGAGCCCUCUGCACAUCCUGGGACAGAAACGGGACAGAGAGAGGAUACGAUGGUUGAAUUCACCCAACAGCUACUUAAAGGUUGAUGUACCAGAGGAGUCCUUCAAUGGGACCUGCAGCCCCCGCACCAAAACUACGUGGCUGAAGUCAGAAGAAUCAGGCAGCUGCAAGGACACCCCAAUUAAAAUUGAGGACCCCAACCAGUUUGUCCCGCUUAAUACUAACCCCACUGAAGUACUGGAAAAAAGAAAUAAGAUUCGAGAACAGAACAGAGCAGAUCUGAUGACAGCUGGACCCAAGUCUCAACUGCUGGCAGACAUUGUUAUUGACAAGCCUCCUGGACCAGCAUUCAUCUAUGAGGAUGAGGAGAAAACAGCUACUCUACCGCCCAACCCUUUCGACCAAUCAGAAGCAGAUCUGCAGGCAUACACACAAACUGUGGAGAACAAGAACAGCCAAUCAGCUCUUCAAUCAGAAGCAGAUGAGGAGUUCACCGAUGGAGAAAUGACCACAUAUGAUGGCUCCACCAUAUCACUGUCCAUCUCGCCGCUCAUGAGUCCUGAAAGAGGAGACUGUCUCUCAGCUCUUCUGCAGAGCAGUGAUGGCGAUGACCUGACGCAGGAUGAAGAUCUCACUCUGCAGGUCACUGAGCUCAGCCUCACUAAGGAAAUGCAGGUCUCAAUCACCACCACCGUCGCCAACAACAUCUCAGUCACCAGCUCUUCCGAAAGCCAGCAGAAGUCGCCCAAAAAGAAGAAAAAGAAAUUUCGCACGCCGUCCUUCCUGCGCAUGUCCAAAAAGAAAGAAAGGAGAGAAAAGGAGAAGACAACAGAGACAGAGAAAAAGCAAGAAGAAAUGCAGAUAGAGGAAGAAAAGGAAACCAAGAAGGACUGAGUUAACUUUUCCGACAGUGCAGGGGAUUGUGGGUAAUGUAGUUUAAGGAGGAUCCUGGUGUUAAACACAAGGAUUUAUGGAGAGACAAACAUCAGAAGUAAAGCAAUGACUUGUAUGUGUGUAUGGUUAUUAAACAGAAUAUUUCAAUUCAACACUUUUUUUUGGUAAAGCCAUAUUAAUAACUAGACAAUAAAGAGUUAAAAUGCCUAAAAUGUUAGUGAACUGCACAUAAUGCACACUUAAACAUAAAAUAUUGCACUAUAGGAGGAAUUCCAGUCCAUAUCCACAGAUCCUGAACAUGAGAAGUAUUAGAAAUGUGUUGAUGGCUCUGCGUUGUGCUUGUAGAUUAAUUGAUGUUGUAUGCUGAUUUAAUCAGGUGACUGAAAAUAUGAAAGACGGUGUGCAAAUGGAUCCUGGAAUAUUAGAUGUGAUAUGGCCAUUCAGUGUGAUAUGAAGCUUAUUUUUCACUUGCUUGGUUUCUAAAUGGAGUUGUGGUUGAUAUCGCAUUGUUAUUCAAGUCAUAGUUUUAUUAUAAACAGCGGUCUAUGUUAUAUGUUGUUUAUACAAACCCACUUUAUUUUGAUGGUCCGUUUGUUGAAUUUAAGUUAUAUUGCAUAUCUACAUGCCAAUUAAUUCACAUUAGAUUAUAAGUAGACUGUUAGGUCGGGGUUAGUGUAAAUUGACAGUUUCUUAUAGUCAGUUAAAUGUCUGUUGAAGGAGCAGUAUCAGCAUAUAUUAAGCAUUCAGACUACUAAUACUCAAAUGGACCAUCAAAAUAAAGUGUUACCAAAAUCUAUAUUGAUAAAUAUGUAUUAUACAAAACUAUUAAAUACACCAUUCAUUGUAAUCAGGGCUGGGAAAUAAGUGAUUACAAGUUUUCUGGAUUACAAAAUCAGAUUCCAAAAAUCGAUUACUUGUAAUUAGAUUACAAUUAUGGUGUCUAUGGAUGGAUUACAAAAUUCGAAUUAUAUAUUGCAAGCGCUCUGGGGGUGUAUAUGAUAUGAUUUAAUGGAAAACAACCUAAAAUGUCAAAUUUUUAACAGAUUUUAGCAGAAAUCCUGACCUUGUUUGUCUAUUAACAAUGUGUUAACUCUAUUAGUGCGCCAUCUAAACCUUGAAAACACACACAAGUUGUGAGAAAUCAAGUCAGAUGCAAAUGCAACGAAUACAAUCUAUGUACUUUGUUUUCUGUUUGUCACAACAUCUGUUUGAUAGACAUCUGGGAAUCGAAGUUUCAGUCAAUAGGUAUUCAAGCCAAUAAUAGAGUAAUAUUUUAAAAAUAUAUAUAGUUUAUGGAAUUUCUAGGCAUCGAAUUUCCUUUUUGGAAGGACUGUCAUAAAUGCUUCAGUUUUCUCAUUGUUUGUCUUCCAUGUUCAAAUACCGCUUUUGUAAUCUGCAGCGUUUCAUGGUCAUGUGUGUAAAUGUAAUGUAACGGCUGUGAAAUAAAAGUGUGCAACACAGGG